AUGAUUAGACGUCGAGGGCUAGGGUUGGGUGCGAUUCAACGCAAACAACAAACUGAUGCCAAAUAUCAGGAGAAACGCGAAGAGAUGGCCACCGAAGAGAUCAACAAACUCUCGGACCAGAUGUCGGAGUUUCGCACAAAACUCCAAGAGUUCGCUCAGAAGCACAAGAAAGACAUCAAACGGGACGCAGAGUUUCGCCGCCAGUUUCAGACGAUGUGCGCGACGGUAGGCGUGGAUCCGCUCCAGUCGUCGGCCAACUUCUGGACCAAAUUGCUGGGCGUCGGCGACUUCUACUACGAGUUGGCCGUUCAGGCCAUCGAAGUCUGUAUGAGUACCAGUCAUCGCAACGGAGGCCUCAUUGGGAUCAAUGAAUUGCAUUCAAGAGUUCUUCAGUCGAGAAAUACGGCAAAUCUGCGCCAACAGAAGCCCGACGACGAGAUAUCGGUCGACGACUUGAUCCGCGCGAUCGACAAGUUGUCAAAAUUGGGAUCCGGUCUGAAACUGAUGUCUUGCGGCAAAACAUAUAUCGUUCAGUCGAUAGCAUCGGAGUUGAGUUUAGACCAGAACACAGUCAUACAGACGGCUCAGUCGGGCAACGGAUCCGUAAGCCUACCGCUGCUCAUAAAGGACUUGCAGUGGACUGAAGAGAGGGCUAAGAAGGCCAUCAACGAUAUGGUUAUGGAGGGAGUGGUUUGGAUCGACAAACAGUCGCCCACUGGUCACACACUCUAUUGGUUCCCCGGUCUUCGCCAUUCAUUGUCAUACAAAUGA